CAGGCCGCAUUCCCCGCCUCCAAAUAUGGCGUCCCCCAUUUAGGUAUCCGCCGUGGUUUCUACCCCAACGGUCCGGGGGCAGUGCUGAGCCAGGGCAAUUGCCUAAUCUAGACUGGGCUGCAGAAAGCUGCCUUUCCAGUUCGCUGCUGGUUACGGCUUCCGGAACCCACGCACCUGUGCGGGCCCAGAGUCGCCGAUCCCUUCUAGUCCCUGCCUCUUCCUCCUCUGCCCCUUGGUUAGUUUCCCUUCGCUACCUCCGGGCAGACCCAGACUCAAAACUAUGAGCCUUCCGCCACUGCUGAUGCGCUUGCCCCGCCGACUCCGGGCGUCGGGACCCCCGCGCCGCCUGUGGUGGUCCCCGUCCCUCCGCACCCUCUCGGUGGGCUCCUGGCGGGCUCAGUCCUCCAAGGCCCCGGCCUACUGGAACCAGGUGGUGUCCGAGGCGGAGAAGAUCGUGGGCUAUCCCACGUCCUUCAUGAGCCUCCGCUGUCUCCUGAGCGACGAGCUCAGCAACAUCGCUAUGCAGGUGCGGAAGCUGGUGGGCACUCAGCACCCGCUGCUUACCACAGCCAGGUGGUCAUGGGCCCCUCCUUCCUUCUCCAUGGCACGACCCAGGCUCAUUCAUUCCCGGAGGGGACUGCCAGACACCUGCGCUCUCCUGAAGCCACCCAUCGCCACCGCCGCCACCACCACCACUGCCAGCAUUACGGGCCCCACCGGAGAGACCCCAUCCGCCCUCCAGAUCUGCCGGAUCAUGCAUCCCGACGAUGCCAACGUGGCCGGCAACGUGCACGGAGGGACCGUCCUGAAGAUGAUCGAGGAGGCGGGGGUCAUCAUCAGCACCCGGCACUGCAACAGCCAGAACGGGGAGCGCUGUGUGACCGUCCUGGCCCGGGUGGAGCGCACGGACUUCCUGUCGCCCAUGUGCAUCGGCGAGGUGGCGCACGUCAGCGCAGAGAUCACCUACACCUCCAAGCACUCGGUGGAGGUGCAGGUCCACGUGAUGUCUGAGAACAUCCUCACGGGUACCAAAAAGCUGACCAAUAAGGCCACCCUGUGGUACGUGCCCCUGUUGCUGAAGAACAUGGACAAGGUCCUGGAGGUGCCUCCGGUUGUGUACCCCCGGCAGGAGCAGGAGGAGGAGGGCCGCAGGCGCUACGAGGCCCAGAAGCUGGAGCGCAGGGAGACCAAGUGGAGGCACGAGGACAUCGUCCAGCCCCGCCUGAACCCAGGGCCGAACACGGUCAGCUACAGCCAGUCCAGCUUGAUCCACCUGGCGGGGCCUUCAGACUGCACGCUGCAUGGCUUCAUGCACGGAGGUGUCACCAUGAAGCUCAUGGACGAGGUGGCGGGCAUCGUGGCCGCGCGGCACUGCAAGACCAACAUCGUCACCGCUUCUGUGGAUGCCAUUAACUUCCACGACAAGAUCAGAAAAGGCAGUGUCAUCACCAUCUCGGGGCGCAUGAACUUCACGAGCAAUAAGUCCCUGGAGAUCGAGGUCCUGGUGGACGCCGACCCUGUGCUGCACAGCACGCAGCGGCCCUACCGGGCCGCCAGUGCCUUCUUCAACUUCGUGUCCCUGAGCCAGGACGGCAGGUCGCUGCCGGUGCCCCAGCUCGUGCCUGAGACUGAAGAAGAGAAGAAGCGCUUUGAGGAAGGCAAAGGGCGGUACCUGCAGAUGAAGGCGAAGCGGCAGGGCCAGGUGGAGCCUCGGCCCUAGACGCCUCCUCCCUCUGCUGGGCUCAGAGCAGCCCAGCACUCCAUCACUUAGAAGUUACCCCCUUGGCCGAAAACCCACUUCCCAUUGAGAGCUGGUGUGGUGUGCAGUAUUUGUCUCACAGUGUUAACCUGUCUUCCUUGCUCACAGCAUUGUCCUGUCCCGACAAUCUCUUAGCGCUGGGGAGCAUUCCGCAGUGCAGUCUGUCAGGACUCCAGCCUCACUAAUAAAGCUGCUGUUCACCU